CGAUCUGAGUCUCUCUCGUUGAGAAUCAAAAAUCGAGCGAACAAAUUGCAGAAAUGGCGACAGUGUCCCCUCUGGCCAAAUACAAGCUGGUGUUCUUAGGCGAUCAAUCAGCUGGAAAAACCGGCAUCAUCACCCGCUUCAUGUACGAUAAAUUCGACACCACUUACCAGGCUACUAUAGGAAUUGUCUUUUUGUCAAAAACAAUGUAUCUUGAAGAUAGAACUGUUCGAUUGCAGCUUUGGUACCAUGAUUUCCUUCUCUCUCUCUCUUUAACAAUGUAA